AUGAAGCUCCUUCGGAGUCUGGUUGUUGCAACAUGCUACCUGACUCUCAAGGUCCAGGCAAGGGCAGUGUUUGCUCAUUUUAUGGUCUCCAAUACGGCCGGAUAUAAAGUCUCAGAUUGGGAGGACCAUAUGACUGAGGCCAUCCAUGCCCAUAUUGACGCGUUUGCCCUCAACAUUGCCAAUGACGAGAGCACUACCGAGGCUUCCUUGGGAAAUGCUUUCCUGGCGGCCAAGAAUACUGGAUUCCAACUGUUUUUUUCAUUUGACUACACGGGGAAUGGCCCCUGGGACAAAGCAAAAGUGAUCGAGCUUCUCAAUGCCUACGCCGGCACCUCGCUGACCUACUGGCAUCACAACGGCCAACCCUUGUGCUCCACCUUUGAAGGGCCUGGCAAUGCUGCCGACUGGGCAGACAUCAAGAAGGAGACGAAUUGCUUUUUUGUACCUGAUUGGUCAUCCUUGGGAGCUAAGGUUGCCAUGGAGCAGGCCGAUGGAAUUGCAGAUGGUCUCUUUAACUGGGCCGCCUGGCCAUAUGGACCGUCGGACAUGGAUACCUAUACCGAUGCCUCCUACCAGCAGUUCCUGGAUGGCAAACCGUAUAUGAUGCCUGUCUCGCCUUGGUUCUUCACCAACAUGCCCGGCUAUGAUAAAAAUUGGAUGUGGCGCGGGGACGACCUUUGGUAUGAUCGUUGGCAGCAGGUCAUGUAUCUGGCGCCGGAAUUUGUGGAGAUCAUUUCUUGGAACGAUUAUGGCGAGUCCCACUAUAUUGGACCCUCUUACGACAGCCACAACGAACUGGCCGAUGCCACCUACGUGGCAUUCGGCGACGGAUACGGGGAUUCGCCUUUCAACUACGCCCAAGCCAAUGAUCAUAGCGGCUGGCGAGCCUUUCUCCCCUUCCUCAUCGACAAUUACAAACAAAACGUCACCACGAUUACAGAGGAAGGUGUGUCGGCAUGGUAUCGGCUUAAUGCGGCCGGAGCGUGUGCUUCCGAUGGUGGCACGACGGGAAAUACAGUGAGCCAGCUGCAGUUAGAAUAUCAGGUCAAGGAUAUCGCUCAAGAUAAGAUCUUCUACUCUGCGCUCUUGGGUUCUGCAGCCCAGGUUACGGUCACGAUAGGUGGUGUGGAUCUGGGCGCCGUUUGGACUCAUGUUCCCAGCGGCAACGCGGGCAUCUACCACGGUAGUGUGCCUUUCACAGGCCAUUCCGGGGAUGUACAUAUCACGAUCACUCGCGCUGGAGGCACCCUGGUCUCCCUCGGCGGAGAAUCAAUUUCCAGCGGGUGUUCUAACACCAUGGGGAUCGAAAAUUGGAACGCCUGGGUCGGCAGUGAGAUGGCCGGAAACUCGAUAUCUGUUAAGUCUCCCUCCCUGGCCAAUCAGGUCUUCAUUCAGGGUUGGGGCAAGGGCAACUUUGCCGGGUUGUGUGACUUCACCUGCAGCCUAGGGUACUGUCCUUUAGGCGCCUGCGUGUGUUCGAAGAUGGGACCCCAGGCUAAGCUGCCUGUGGCCACUGGCAUUCAAGGAUAUCCCACUGCGGGCGAGAGCGCCAGCUAUAGCGGUCUAUGUUCCUUUGCUUGCAAUUACGGCAAUUGCAUUGCGGGUGUAUGUGGCACUGUUGAGGUCCCGCUCACCGUGCCCACGAUCUCGCCGUUCACCCCGGAUACUUGCACGGCUGGCUCCGGGUCUGGUGCCUUCGCCGGCUUGUGCAGCUAUGGGUGCAAUGUAGGAUACUGCCCUAUCCAUAACUGUACCUGCACAGCCACGGGCCCUUUGAACGUCCCCCCAGCCGCUAACGCCAGUACCACUGGCCUUUCCACCGUCGGCAGUGACAGUGGCCUCUGCAAUUUUGCCUGCGAGCGAGGCUACUGCCCGGGUCCAACUUGCGUCGACAAUGCAGAUCUUCCAGGCGGCUGUGCGAAUGACGAUGGGUCGGACCCCGCAUGCGCUGAGCCCACGGUCUGCAACUUCACCCUGGAUUUCAGCACGUUAGAUGCGUUGGAGGACGCGGUCGGCAAUCUAGAUCCAGUAUGUGUGGACUUCUACACGUUGGAUGGGCUGGCAACGGUACUCGAGCAGACCCUGAACAACUACACGGGAAUCACAAACAACUACGACACGAAAUUUGACGAAUAUGUCGACUACAUCAAAGAGAUCAUUCCCGAUCAGCUGAAUGAGUUCAUGCGUGUUGAAGCUCCCUAUGGCCCAGGGAACCAGUUCUUCCGGUGCACCUACAACCAUAUUGGCCGGAACAGUACCACGGGAUCGUGCCCCGGAGACAUUGGUAUUAUCUCGGGCACCUAUACGGUCUACUACGAACUGGUGGAUGAAGAAGGCUUCUACGAUAAACUGUCCGCUGACUAUGGCAUCGACGCGUCAUGGGUGCAGCUCGGGACGAGCACCUUUGACGAGACGUGUACGCCCGUUAUGGAUAAGAUUGGCUGCGAUCCAGUCCACUCGAAGUAUAUAGGAAUUCCCGUCAAGGCAGCUGACAGCGCCAUUACUGUGACCAACCCCAAAGAUAUCAUGACCCAGGCCUUGCCGAACUUGCAGAACCUCACAGCCACCAUCUCUGUGGCGAAGAUUGAGCUGGCACUAGGGUCAUGGCUUGGUGGCACGGACGAUCUCGUGCAAUCGAUUUCCAUGGCGGUCUUCAUGCUCAGUCAGGCUGUGACCAACAUGCAAGAAGUGGUCGAGGUUGCCGACUCAUACGAGGCGACGAAGAAGAAGGAGUUGAUCAACAAUAUUUUGAUGGGGGUACUCCUGGUUGUGCCGUUUUUGGGCGAGGUGGAUCUCGUGGCAGAUGCCUUCGUUGGACUAUCGCGAAUCAUUACGUUGAUUGGUGAUGCGGCGGUGGGUGCUACCACAAUUUAUGCCAUCGUGGAAGACCCCAAGAUGGCCCCACUCAUGAUUCUGGAAACCCUCCUGUUUAGUGGUAUGCGUAAUCCCGAUGAGUUCUCGGCCAUGGGCACAGCUCGGAGAGGCAUGAGCAAGGAGAAUAUCAAGAGUCUAGGCUCAGGGAUCGCCGCCCUAGACAACCAGUUCCAGGGUAUUGUUGCUAAAUGUCUGGCCAAGUAA